AUGACAUCUGGACAUUUUUUGUCCUCAGCUGUCGUUCAUCAUCCAUAUCAUCCUAAUCAUCAAUACCAGUACUAUAAACAACAAGAGCACCAAGAGCAGUAUCAUCAUCAUUUCCCAACCCUUUCAACUAUUAUACCCGCGGUAUCACGAUUACACUCCCUACCACAUCACCAUAUUAUUAUCCGACGAGCUAUUCUACCACAAUGGCAACAUUCAUCACCUGCUAACGAUCAUCAUCAGCCUUUCCCUUCUCCUACUAUUACUAUUACUACUACUCCAACUGAUACAUUAACAAAGAAAAUCGAUAUGAUACAGAUUGAUGAGGAAUUGAAGGCGUUGAAAAAGAAGCGGAAACGAUUACGACAGUUACGUGAAGAAGUGCGUAAAUUAAGUGAUCAUCUAAAAAGCAAGCGGAUAUUUGCAAAGAUUGAAACAAAUAACAAUGAUUUGUUGGUGAAGCGCAAAAUGAAAGAAACGCAUGUACGAUGGCGGAAACAAAUAACUACACGUGUAAAAGCAAUUAUGAAACGAUUAAAAAGAUUAGAAAAUGAAGUGAAAACAGAACGAAAUUUCACUAAAGAGAGAAAAAAACUGUCUAAACGUUUGCCGAUAAUAAUACCAUUAAAUUAUCAUACAGUACAAUCAUCACCUCCUACAUCACUAAUUACAACGACUAAAAAUUUCAAGAUUAAACGGCUUCAUUCAUCUAUAAAUCAAUCAAAAAAUGGUGAAUCUGGUGGAAUUUGUCUUGGUCAUAAUGAUUGCAAACCAGGGUUAUGUUGUCAUCGUACUUCCUCAACGGAUGCAAAUUCAUCGGUAACAUCAACAACAAACGUAUGCUAUCAUUAUAUGUUAAAAGAAGGUGAAUUAUGCGAAGAUUCAUGUCAAUGUGAAGCACGAUUGCAUUGUUUCCGAAGUUUGAACCAAUUAAGAGAUGACAGAUUGGUGACAAAAUCAAAACGCAAUAUGGUAUUAUUAUUUUAUUUUUCUCCUAAGCAAUUAUUUAAACGAAUAACUUGA